CCGUGGGGUAGUGAAGGCUCGUGCAAGACAGCGCUCUCUUUCACGCGCAUUUUAAUGUCCAUAUCUGUAAUUAAGAUUUUUGAGAGAAAUUCUAAACUCAUUAAAUUGAUGUAAUUACAGCAAUGUUAGACAAUUAAAAGGAAUUCCACAGGAAAAAGUGCAAAGAUUUUGACGGAUUUCAGGACAGACGUCUGAAUUUAGAGUUCCUGCGAAAUAUUUCUUCCAUCGACAUAUUUCCAGUUGACGUUACAUUUCUACCGGACAUCUGAAGAUGAGAUCGGCGUCUGCUCGCGUGGCCUCUCUGUACGUCGGUGAUCUUCACCCGGAGGUGUCAGAGGUCAUGCUGUACGACAGAUUCGUUCCGUUUGGCCCGAUCCACUCCACCCGAGUGUGUAGAGACAGAAACACAUUCAGGUCUCUGGGCUACGGAUAUGUCAAUUUUGUCAACCGCUCGGACGCUGAACAUGCAAUGGAGAUCUUAAUGUUCAGUCUCCUCGUGGGUCAGGCCAUGCGCAUCAUGUGGGCCGAUAGAAACCCUACACUGAGGACCACCGGCGUUGGCAACGUUAUCAUUCAGGGCCUGGCAAAGGACAUCAACAGCCUGGCACUUCACGACACCUUCUCUAUUUACGGCACCAUCUUAUCCUGCAAGGUGGUUGCUGAUGAGAAUGGCUCCAGAGGAUAUGGUUUCGUUCAUUUUGAGUCCUACGAAGCCGCUGAAAGAGCCAUUCAGGAACUCAAUGGGAUGAUGCUGAAUGAUCAACCAGUGUCCAUCAGCCACUUCAGAUCAUUCCAGGAGCGUCAGGCACAGAGGGAAUCCAAACCUGACCGCACGAAGAAGGACUACCAAAGCCUCUUCCCGGGAGUGCAUCUCUAUGUCAACAAUCUGCCCUACAGCUGGACGGACCACCAGCUGCAUAGAGCGUUCUCCCCGUUCGGGGCCGUCACCAAUGCUACAGUGGUGAGGAACGGCGGGCGCAGCCGAGGGUUUGGCUUUGUGUGCUUCAAGAGCCCCGAAGCUGCAGCUCGAGCCGUUUCGGCAAUGGACGGACGUGUCAUUGCCAACAGACGUCUGAAUGUUGCCUUCUCUCGGGUCCUGGAUACGCCAGUGUCUGUCAGCGACUGUGCAUCACCUCCUGAAAACCAGUCGCUGCUUCCUUCAGGACACUUUGGGAUUGUUCCACAGGCUGUCAGCAAUGUUGGUCAGCAGCUCGCCAGCCUCAUUCGGCUUGUGUCCAGCUGUCGUCGGGAUGCAGCGGGUCUCCUGCCUAAGUGCGAGAGUCUUGUCCCGCUGGUCUCUCCGCUGCUGUUAGACUCAGUGGUGCCCGACAUGCAGAGUGUGAACCAGGAGGUGCCAGAAUUAACGUCUGACGCUUCUGGAACAUCAGACACCUUGAGCUCUCCGCUAUCUGGAGACUUUGGUGCUGUUGUUCCGAAGACUCGUAACAGUGCCGGUCAGCAUCUCUUCGGCCAUCUCUCCACCUGUCUUGUGUCCAGCAGGCGCUGGUAUGCAGAUGGUGUCCUACCACAGUGUGAGAGGUUCCUCCUAUUGGUCUCUCCACUGCUGUCAGACACGUUUGACUCGGAGCCGCCCUGCAUGCCGACUGGUAAACUGGAAAUGUCAGAGAUGACGCCUGACCAAGCCACUGAUGCUCCUGGAGUGUCGGAGACCUGCGGUGCCGUUGCGGUUCACGACAGGUUUGGUAACGGUUUGGGUGUGACUAGAAAUAUGAACACCUCCAAGGUAGGAGAAAUCUCUUCAUUUGUCAUGGAUUUCACUGUUGUUGACGCGUGUAACCUUUUAGAAAUAAUUGUGGUUUUGAAAAGCAAUCAUACAACGCAUCUGUCCUCUUCUCAGGUGAUGGUGGUUAUGGAUGGUGCCUUUGUGUCUGUGUUCUGCUGCUCCUCUGAUGACACCAUAACUGUGAUCGUGAGAAUCCAGGAGGAUCUUCUUCUUUACAGUGAGCGGCUCCUCGUCUUUAACACGAUUGCGGGUCAAGCGAGGAGGACCUCUGAGGACACAUCCAGCCCUCGUCUGGCAAUACAGGCUGUUCCUGAGAGUGACCAAAUUGUGGCCGAUACAGUCCAGCCCUCAGCUCCAUUUACCAUCAAGCCAGUGUUGACCACCCUGAAGGAGACGUGGGCUUCUCUGCAUAAGGCCUCUCAAACGCUGCACAUCUCACCUGUCAGAGCUGACAUUAUGACACGGGCUGAUGUGCAGCAGCAGGUGAGUUCCUCUGAACAAUCACAGAGAACUCUUUGUGGUUUUUGGCUCAAUAAGCCGAGCGGUUGUUGGAGUCUGAGAGGUCUAAGCUGCCCCACCACCAAUGAUCUCCUGCGCUUCUGCACUCUGAGGAGAUUUCUGCAGGUGUGACAGAGACAAUGGGAUGCGGCAAAUUUGUCCAUAAACAAAAAAAUGUGCAACAGAAAGUAAUAUUUUUGUGCAUGAAAAAUAUUGUUUUAGUAUAUUAUAUUUUAUGUGACACAUUUUUUUAAAAAUAAUGUUUUGUGCAAAAAAAUAUUUGGGGGCAUGUAAAAACAUGUAUUUUAUUUUGUUUUAUAAUCCAGUUAAUUAUUUAAUUUACAAAUGUUUUGUAACAAAAUUAUUUUUGUAAAUAAUCUUGUAAAUAGCUGUUAUAAUAAUCUGUUCAAUUUUGUGCAUUAUAAAAAGAUAGUUGCGUUUUAUAGACUGGCAUUUUGUGUAUCACUUUUCUUUUGAUAUUUAUUUGAUAUGAUAUGUUUUUAUGUAACACGAGUAAUAAAUAUAUUU